AACUCUGUGACAUCCAGAUUAUGUUUUUCAAAUUCAAGUGUUUCUCCCAAGUUGGAUUUUAUAAAAUAUUUGUUCAAUAGGUAAAUGACUCAAAAUUAUUGCUAUUUACCUUUCCUAAGGAGAAAAAUAAUGACCUCCAUGCACGCAGCUAGAGAAACUUAUCGCCCUAACAAAAGGCCAGAUUCCAAAGUAAUGUCUGUGUUUCCAGGAGCUUGUUGAAGAGUCCUUGGAGGAGCCUGUUGAGGAGCGGAUGUGAGCGAGGGCAUUUACUGAGCCCCGGGCUGUGAAAAGGCUUCAUAUAAAGGACUGAGCAGGAUGAGCUGACAGUCAGACUGGUGGAGCCCUGCUCAUCUUACAGACGACUUCCCCAACUGACUAAAGCCGACACAGCACCGUUCAGGUGAGAGCAGAAUGAGCAUCCGUGGAGCAGUGGGCGUUUGUGUGGUGCUGGUGAGCCUGAUGGCCUUCCUGGUUGAGAGGUCACAGGGUCACAUCACAUUCUUCAGCCCCAAGGAGCUUUUGCACAUGAGGCUGCAGGAGCAACAAGAGAAGAAAGACAUGAAACCUCGAUCAGAGGAGUUUGAUGAAGUCAUCCUCGAGCAGGUUCCUCAGAGGGACGCGAAUACUGAUAAAACACUGGAGUUGGGGGUCCGCUUUUCACCCAGACAGCUGACCUAUGUGGCUCCGGUGAUCAAAGAAAUCAUUCAUGAGAUAGUGGAGGAGCAUCAAAAAGCCAAAUAGCGAGGCAGAUGGUGUGAACGCUGUUUAAGGGAGAAAAAUAAAACCCAUGAAGGCUGAAAUAUGUUUUAUUAAAUCUGAUAAUAAAGAGAGUUGAUUCUAUCAAA